AUGGAAAAUCCAACAACAACAGCUUCUUUCUCUAAAAUUCCACUAAAUCAACUCACUGACUUUGUUCAUCUUAAACUUAAGGAGGACAAUUUCAUAACUUGGAAGAAUUUGAUGAAUCCGGUAAUUCAAAAGUAUAAACUCAGGAGAUAUCUAGAUGGAUCUCAUCCUUGUCCUCCUCAGUUCACAUCUCCACGUAAUGAAGCUAAUGGUGUUGAAAAUACUCUUUACCUCGAAUGGAUUGAUGAAGAUUCAACCAUCAUCAUGUGGAUAAACUCAACAAUUUCAGAUGUUGUAAUAGCUUACUUUUCCAGAUCUACAACUUCUCAUCCCAGUAUGAAGAAAGGUGAUAAAUCUAUCCCUGCUUUAGUUAAUGAAAUCAAGUCAUUGUCUGAUCAAUUAGCAGCAGCUGGUGAGGUAAUUUAUGAUAAAGAGUUAGUAGUUGUUACUCUAAAGGCUUUGAAUUCAGAUUACAUUCCUUUUUCCACUGCUAUGCGACAUAGAAAUCCACCGGUUACAUGUAUUGAAUUACACAAUAAUCUGUUAAGUGAAGAAACAUUUAUUAGUGAGAGACACAAAACUACACAUGAUACUUCAGAUACAAAAGCUUUUGUUGCUCAUAAUGGAAAUUACAAAAGUGGGAAUUAUAGAGGUGGAUCUUCUUAUAGAGGAAGAGGAAGAUCUCCUCUAGCUAAUCUGAGUGUUAUGCUAGCAGCAACAAAUAUAUUUGAUGCAGAAGAGUGGAUUGCAGAUAGUGGAUCAAAUAAUCAUAUUACAUCUUUUACUACUCAGCUACAUGAUAUUACUUCUUAUGAUGGUGUUGAAGAGAUUCAAACAGCUAAUGGAGCAGAUUUCUUAGUUGUUCCACAAUCAUCUCAUAAUCUUUUGUCAAUUCAUAAGUUUACUACUGAUAACAACUGCUCUUUAACUCUUGAUUCUGAUGGAUUUGCGGUGAAGGACCUAACUUCUGGGAAGACUCUCUUCCAAGAACCACAUAAAAAUUGUCUCUAUCCAAUUUCUUUCAACACACAACCUCAUGCUUUCACAUUAUUACCAUUGAUCAUGCUCUCCUUCACAGAAGAUUUGGACAUCCCUAAUUUCAGACACUUCAAAGACUUUGUAGUAAACUCAAAUUGUCUAAUGUUUCAAAUAAACCAUUCUUCUGUAAUGACUGCAAAAUUUGCAGAUGAUUUUACAAAAUAUUGUUGGGUUCUGCCAUUAUCAUCUAAAUCUGAUUUCAAACACUCUUUUGUAUCUUUUGUUGCUAAAAUUGAAAAUAUGUUCUCUGUUUCUGUUGUACCAUAA